AUGCUGCAAUUGUUGAAAGGGAAGGAAUUAUAUGCUAAAUUAUCGAAAUGUGAGUUUUGGUUGGAGAAAGUUAGUUUUCUUGGUCAUGUUAUUUCAGGUGAAGGUAUUGUUGUGAAUCCAUCCAAAAUAGAUGCAGUGUUACAAUGGAAAACUCCAAAGACGGUUACAGAAAUUAGAAGUUUUCUAGGCUUGGCUAGUUAUUACAGGAGGUUCAUUGAAGGUUUUUCCAAGUUAGCACUUUCGCUAACUCAGUGGAUUUGCAAAGGUCGGGCAUUCAUGUGGGAUGUCCAGUGUGAGGAAAUUUUUACUGAAUUAAAGAAGAAAUUGACGACAGCCCCGAUAUUGAUAUUACCUAAUCCCGAAGACUCAUUUGUGGUAUAUUGUGAUGCUUCUAAAUUGGGCUUAGGCGGUGUGCUUAUGCAGAAUAAUAAGGUAGUAGCGUAUGCGUAA